AUGUGGAAAUAUUUUACACAUCAAAAUACAUACAAUUUUGUUAACGUUAUUGGAGAUUUAGUCAAGAGUUAUAAUAAUACUUAUCACUCAACCAUUAAGAGAGCUCCAGUAGAAGUUAAUACUGAAAAUGAAAGUGAUGUAUGGUUUACAGUUUACGGCAAUCUAUAUGAUAUAAAACGAAAACCAUGCGUUUUCAAUGUUGGUGAUGUUGUACGUAUUUCAAAGCAAAAGCUUACUUUUGAGAAAGGGUAUGAAGCAAAUUGGACUGAGGAACUAUUUAUCGUAACAGAGUGUGUUAAGCGACAUCCUCCGGUAUAUCGAGUUAAAGAUUUACUAGGAGAAUCUAUUCAGGGCACCUUUUAUUCACAAGAACUACAAAAAGUAAAACUUAAAGAAGAUUAUACGAUUGAAAAAAUAUUGAAAAAGCGAGUCAGGAAAAAUAAAACGGAAUAUUUUGUUAAGUUUCGGGGUUAUCCUGAAAAAUUUAAUCAGUGGAUUACAGCUUCUAAUUUAUCAUCUCUAUAA